UAAAAAAGUGUUCAAAUAGGUGUAAAAACUUUUUUUGGGGGAUUGAAAAUGAUUUUUUGUGGUUAAUUUAGAAGGUUGAUCGUAGAUUGAAAAAGUCAAUCAGUCCAAACUUCCAAUCCAAAGGAAAGGACAUUAUUUGAGGAGGCCUGUUCUUACCCAAAAAAAAAAAAAGCACAAACCAAUGCUCACUACAUUCAAUCACAAAAACCUCCAUGCACAUUCAACACGGUACAAAAAAGCAAUUUAACCACCGGGACCACCACCGUCUCCGUCUCCUUCUCCGCCGGUGCCGUUUCUGCCUCCUAGCAACCCUUUCAAAAACAAAACCAGAGCUGAAGAAAAAAAAAAUCACAAACAAAUAAACUCUUUUUGUUAUAUUAUUAAUAUUAUUAUUGUUGUUAUAUUAUUAUUAUUAUUAGUAUGGUGUCUGCAAAAGAUGGUGGAAAUGGAAGGCGACCGAAGAAAGGGAAGGCGAACCGGAUCCGGAGCAUUCUCGGAGUCGGGUAUUGGGUCCAAGGAUUCAGGUGUUUUCCAUGGAUGGCUGUUAACUUUUUUCUGAAAGAUAGUGUUAAAGUGGAUCCUUCAACUCUUCAAAUUCUUCAGAAUUCUGCUAAUCUCCCCAUGGUUGGGAAGCCGAUCUAUGGUAUCGUUUCCGAUGCCGUCUAUAUCUCUGGCCAGCACCGUGUUCCUUAUAUCGCCAUCGGUGCUUUCUUACAAGCAGUUUCGUGGCUAGUAAUAACAAUAUUUUCACAAUCAAACAUUUCGAUCUUCACAAUGAGCCUAUAUCUUCUCCUCAGUAACCUCGGUGCUUCAAUAGCAGAGGUUGCUAAUGAUGCCAUUGUUGCUGAAAUGGGAAAAUCCAAAAAGUCUCAAUCAGCUUCCUCAGGUGAGCUCCAGUCAUUUGUUUGGAUGGUUUCCUCUGUUGGUGGAGUCCUUGGAAACCUGUUAGGUGGCAUUGCCAUUGACAGAUUUUGGCCCCAAUCAAUGUUCCUUUUUUUUGGACUUCUCCUUGUGCUCCAGUUUCUUAUAACUAUCUCAGUUCCUGAACGCUCUCUUAACCUUCCAAAAAGUCCAUCAAAUGUUGGGAUUAGGAAACAGCUUUCAGAGCUCUUAGCUGCAUUGCGAAAACCUGAAAUAGCUUACUCAAUAACCUGGUUUGCUACAUCAUAUGCCAUAAUUCCAGUGCUCACAGGAACAAUGUUCUUUUACCAAACACAGUAUUUGAAGAUUGACGCCUCUGUAUUGGGAAUUUCUAAGGUGUUUGGGCAGGCAGCAAUGUUGUUAUGGGGUGUCAUCUACAAUCGUAGUUUAAAGUCAGUCCAACCAAGGAAACUGAUUGCAGCCAUUCAGGUAACAAUGGCUGUAUUCAUGAUUUCAGAUGUAUUGUUUGCGAAAGGGAUUUAUCAACAUUUAGGAGUGCCAGACUCUGUCUAUGUUGUAGUUUUCUCUGGUGUUUUAGAGGUUCUAUUCUUCUUCAAGAUUCUGCCAUUUAGUAUUCUGAUGGCUCAACUCUGCCCUCCAGGAUGUGAAGGGUCUCUAAUGGCAUUUGUCAUGUCAGCUGUAGCCCUUGCAUUCAUAGUGAGUGGAUACCUUGGUGUUGCGUUGGCAUCUUAUGUCGGGGUUACAGGAAAUGAUUUUUCUGGAUUUCCUCUCGGCCUUCUAAUUCAGGCAGUUUGUACCCUUCUGCCACUAUUUUGGUCAUCAUGGAUACCUAAUGAUGUGAAAUCUAAAACCAGGACAGAAUAAAAAUGUUGGUGCUUGCAAGAAUGGCAUGAAUUGCAUAAUUGGUAGGAGCAAUUUUAGCCUUCUUUCAUUUCGAAAUAUGAUUGCUUUGGGAGCAGUUUUAGGAGCUUGCAAGAGGAUUGUUUCAACUUUUCCUUUUCUUCUUUUGCAAUGCAUGCAAGCAGCGAGGUGUUGUUUUGGGCUUGCAGGUUUUGGAUCAAUGAGUUUUGAGGGUAUUAGAGCUUUUAACACUUAUACAUUUUAUAUUGCAAGUUAUGUAUGCGAGAUCAUGGUUUCCUUUUUCCUGUAUCACAUGGAAUGUAGCUGAAAUUCUUGUGUUUGUUGCAAAUUAAAUGCAUCAGUAAUAAAACUGGCCAUUUUCCGGUCUCAAUUCUUUGUGCAGAAUCCUGUCAUAACUUGUUUGAUGUCCUUAUGAAUUGGUCAAGUAUUAAUUAACCUUUCACUAACUCAAAGAAUUCAAACAUCUGUCUUUCGCUUUUUGGCCUAGUGGCAAAGAAGCCUUAAGAAACACAUUAGAGUUUGGAUUUAAACCAAGCCUUCCCCUCCCCCCCUUUCCAUCUAACAGGGCA